AAUUGUCAAACAUUGUGAAUUGUCAUGAAAACUUAAGAGGAAGCAGUACUUUUUGUUUCUUUUUGCUACGUAGCGCAUAGAAGUUGCGGCUGUGAAAUUAAUCGGUUAAAAUAUAGAUUUGUUAGGCAUUUUUGAAGAACAAAUAAGCAUGAAUUCGCCCCCAGUAUUUAUUGACUUAUCUUUGGAUGAACAGGUGCAAGAGCUUAGAAAGUUUUUCAAAAAGUUAGGAGCCGAGAUUUCUUCAGAAAAAUCCAACAAAGGCGUUGAAGAUGAUUUGCACAAAAUCAUUGGUGUUUGCGAUGUUUGCUUCAAAGACGGUGAACCCUCACAGAUUGAUGGCAUCCUCAACAGCAUUGUUUCCAUUAUGAUUACAAUACCACUUGAUCGCGGCGAAAACAUUGUUUUGGCGUAUUGCGAAAAAAUGACUAAGGCACCAAAUGUGCCUCUGGCUAAAGUUUGUUUGGAGUCAUUGUGGCGUUUGUUCAACAACUUGGAUACUGCAUCUCCUUUGCGCUAUCAUGUUUACUAUCAUCUUGUACAGGUUGCCAAACAAAGUGAUCAAGUUUUAGAAGUCUUCACCGGUGUUGAUCAGCUGAAAUCGCAAUUUGCCAACUGCCCACCGUCCAGUGAGCAAAUGCAAAAAUUGUACCGAUUGUUACAUGAUGUAACAAAAGACACCAAUUUAGAGUUGUCGGCUAAGGUGAUGAUUGAAUUGCUGGGCACAUACACAGCUGAUAAUGCUUGUGUUGCACGUGAAGAUGCCAUGAAGUGUAUAGUAACAGCACUAGCUGAUCCCAACACCUUUCUGCUGGAUCCGUUACUAGCGCUUAAGCCCGUGCGAUUCUUGGAGGGCGAUUUGAUUCAUGAUUUGUUGUCAAUAUUUGUAUCGGACAAACUACCAUCAUACAUUCAGUUCUAUGAAGAUCACAAAGAAUUCGUUACUUCCCAAGGUUUAAAUCACGAACAAAAUAUGAAGAAAAUGCGUUUACUGACUUUCAUGCAACUGGCGGAGAGUAAUCCAGAAAUGUCAUUUGAAACACUUACAAAAGAAUUGCAAAUUGCUGAGGAUGAGGUGGAGCCGUUCGUCAUAGAGGUGUUGAAAACUAAAUUGGUGCGUGCCCGCCUGGACCAGGCCAAUCGCAAAGUACACAUUUCAUCAACUAUGCAUCGCACAUUUGGCGCUUCCCAAUGGCAACAGUUGCGUGAUCUUUUAUACGCAUGGAAGGAGAAUUUGAGUACUGUGCGUGAAGGUUUGGUAAGUGUUUCUGCCGCACAGCUCGAGUUGGCCCGUAGUCAAAAAUUGGUUCAUUAACCAAUCAACAACAAAUAGCAGCAGAUGAGAUAACUUUGGUCUUUUAUAUUUAACAAUGAUAUAAAUAAAUUUAAUUCGAAGUAAGAAAAACAAAACUACUAAAUUUUCAUUUUGCCAACGUACAGUUAACUUAUGGAUAUCGAAAUCACUGCAUAUAAACGUAUGUACAUAAAUAUAUAUUACCAUAUGUACUAAAUGUAUUGUCAGCCUACGUACAAUUAAGUACACACAUUUGAAUGCAUAUUUAACUUCCAAGGAAAUCUAAACGGAUAUGUAAUUUGCUACACAGACAGUUCCAUAAUGAAUAAAAUGGAAUUUUAACCCAAAACCACAACCGACUUCAAUGCUCACAAAAAAUAUAGGAGUACCAUUAAUUUCUUUAUGAUCCAAUGAUUACAUUUAAACGAAAUUAGUAUGGAUAUUGAAGCCGUCUUAACAGCUAACAGCUCGACCCGCGAUAUCCCCAAUGCUGGCCGGGCAUGUGGAGGCUCCCCACGACACCAACCACCUCUUCACAUGUUAGCUCAGACCCACUCAGUUAACACCCCUCUCCCUUUGGUUCGACCCCGACCAAACAGCCCGUUUCUUGGGCCUACCGUCAUUUGAGCUCGAACCGACCUAGGCGGGUCAUUCCAGCGCCAUUACAACAACAACUGUAUUGGAUAACCCUGAGGGGCAACCUUUCCAACAA